GCCCCAGCUGAAUGGGACUGAGUUUGUCUGUUUUCUCUCCCUGAGAGCAAAGUUGGGGAGGCCUCAGGCCCUGGCUGCCUCCUGCCUACCACGGAUUCCAAGGUGGUUCACGGCCUAGAUGGCUGCCAAGUCCUGCUCCCAGGCUCCGGGCGAGAUGCCUCUGACCUUCCAGGAUGUGGCUGUGUACUUCUCCAGGGCAGAAGGGCAGCAGCUUGGCCCUCAGGAGCGGGCCCUGUACCGAGAUGUGAUGUUGGAAAACUAUGGGAACGUGGCCUCGCUGGGAUUUCCGGUCCCUAAGCCAGAGCUGAUUUCCCAGCUGGAGCAAGAGGAGGAGCUGUGGGUCCUGGAUCUUCUGGGGGCUGAAGAACCAGAAGUCUUGAGAAGCCGCCAGACAGAUUCUAAGAUUGAGACUGAGAAGGAGCGAUCCAUUUUAAACCAGAAAUGUUCAGAGGAAGUAAAAACCCCAGAAUUAAUAGCACAAAAGUUCCCAAGGGCUAAUUCACAAACAGCUAACUCCCAGGAAGCUUGGGACCAUGAAGGUCAGAGAGAAGGGCGCCAUGGAAGCCCUGCUGCUCAGAGUCUGAAGAGAGGUGCUAAAAAGGACUGGCCGGUCUGUAGGGAGCAACUUCCUGAGAACGCUCCGGCUUCUGCAUUUGACAGACACUUGAACCCCAGCCAAGGUGUCGUUACAAUCCCAAGAAGUAAAACAGGGCAGAGGAUCUUUAAAUGCGACAUAUGCAAUAAAACAUUUAAAUAUAAUUCCGACCUAAGUCGCCAUCGCAGAAGUCACACUGGGGAAAAGCCUUAUGAGUGUGGUCCUUGUGGGCGGGCCUUUACUCACAGCUCAAAUCUUAUUCUCCACCAGCGAAUUCACACUGGGGAUAAGCCGUUUAAGUGUGAUGAGUGUGGGAAAACUUUUGGGCUCAAUUCCUAUCUCCGGCUGCAUCAGAGAAUUCACACUGGAGAAAAGCCCUUUGGGUGUAAUGAAUGUGGAAAGGCUUUCAGCAGGAGUUCAAGCCUCAUCCAACAUCGUAUAAUACACACGGGAGAGAAGCCGUAUACGUGUAAUGAGUGUGGGAAAGCCUUCAGUCAGAGUCCCCAGCUAACUCAGCACCAGAGGAUCCACACGGGGGAGAAGCCCCACGGGUGCAGUUGGUGUGGCAAGGCCUUCAGUCGAAACGCAAGCCUUAUCCAGCACCAGAGGAUUCACACAGGAGAGAAGCCCCACAAGUGCAGUCAGUGCGGGAAAGCCUUCAGUCAGAGCUCCAGCCUCUUUCUUCACCACAGGGUUCACACCGGGGAGAAGCCCUACGUGUGCGGCGAAUGUGGAAGGGCCUUUGGCUUCAACUCUCAUCUGACCGAGCACGUGAGGAUCCACACUGGGGAGAAGCCGUAUGUUUGCGCCGAGUGUGGCAAAGCGUUCAGCCGCAGCUCCACUCUGAUGCAGCACCGCAGGGUGCACACGGGGGAGAAGCCCUACCAGUGCACUGAGUGUGGGAAGGCCUUCAUCCAGAGUUCCCAGCUCACCCUGCACCAGCGUGUUCACACCGGAGAGAAGCCGUACGAAUGUGGUCUCUGUGGGAAGGCCUUCAGCAGGAGGUCAGCCCUCACUCAGCAUCAGCGGGUUCACAUGGGUGAGAACCCGCAGGAAUUUGAGUGCGGCCCAGAUUUUGUGUAUGACUCUAGCCGUCUGUCCACUGGAGAGAGACAUGGCAGGACCUUCAGCCACAGUGCAAAACUUGUUGUGCAGUGGACAAUACGAAGUGAUGAAAAAUCCGGAGGUUGUAACGAAUGUGGGAAAACUUUUAGCACUUCCUCACAGUCCAUGGAAUAUCAGAAAAUCCAGACUGGGGAGAAACCCUAUAAAUGCCAGGAAUGUGGUGGUAAAGCUGGUAGUGGGGUGUCACCCCUGACUCAACAUCAUGUAACGCGUGUUGGAGAGAAACCACAGUUGAAUGACGGAUCUGACAGAUACUUAAUUCAUAUCAAAAAGAUUUUUCAAGGAAGACAUUUUUAACGUGAUAAACAGUUUAGAAACUUUGUUUUUCUAUCAGGUAGGAUGGCAUAGUGAAAG